UUGAUUUUUGAUUUUGAUCGUGCUCGUGGUGUGCUUUUUAUUCACACCUGAAUUUGUGAUUAUGUAGAGUGGUAAAAUUGGUUAAUGCUUUUUAAUCGUUUGUUUCCAUUUUGUUUCAUUAAAAGAAUACAUACCACCGCAAUGGCCAACAGUAAAUUCGAAUAUGUGAAAAGUUUUGAAACGGAAGAUACCCUACUGCGAAAUUGCUGGAUUGUUGUCCGAGUCGAUGGAAAGGGCUUCCACAAAUUUUCAAAAGUACAUGAAUUCGACAAACCAAAUGACGCUCGAGCGUUGCGUUUAAUGAACAAGGCUGCAACAGUUGUUAUGCAAGAAUACAAAGACAUUGUAAUAGCUUAUGGCCACAGUGAUGAAUACUCGUUUGUAUUAAGAAAAGAAGCCAUGAUCUACAAUAGAAGAAAGGAUAAAAUAAUGACGUACCUUAAUAGUUUAUUCACAUCGGCCUAUGUUUAUUUUUGGAAAGACUAUUUCCCAUCCUUGAAAAUGAAGUAUCCACCUGCAUUUGAUUCAAGAGUGGUGCUCUAUCCUUGUGAUGAAGACUUGAGAAACUAUCUUAGCUGGAGACAGGCUGAUUGCCAUAUCAACAAUUUGUACAAUACUGCAUUCUGGGCACUUGUGCUUAAGGGAGGUUCGACCAAUUCAGAGGCUGAAAAAACAUUGAGCGGUACUGUUUCAAGCGAAAAACAUGAAAUUUUAUUCACGCAAUUUGAUAUUAACUAUAAUAAUGAACCGGUAUUAUACAAGAAAGGAACUAUUUUGCUUAGGAAAACAAUUCCGCAUCCUGUUCAUGGAAGACGAAGACAGGUAAUAUUUCCGUUUCAUGAAGAUCUUAUUCAGCAAUCUUUCUGGCAGACGCACACUAACAUAUUAAUAGGAGAAGUCAGCCAGGUUUAUGCUUAUCCUCACAAAGAAAAGCUACCAAAUUUAGUUCUGCAACAGUUGCACUUAUGCGAUAAAAUAGAAGAAGAAAACCAAUAAAAGUAGAAUCUAGGGUUUGGCUGUGAUUAAAUUGCUCAUGGUCUGCAAUAGCGGCACAACUCAGAAAUAAUGUUUUGAGAUAACUGGGAUUAAGUUUUCGUUGCUAAUUAAAAUGUAUGAAAAAUGCUUUAGUUUGCUUAAAUGAUACAUAUUUUCAAAAUGAUACCUUCUCUACAGGACCAUUUCAUAAUGUGUGUAUAAUUUUUAUUUUAGUUUUUUAAAUUCAUCAUUUAAAUGUCAAUUUAAAAAAAAUGUUUUAAGUUAUGCCAUUAUUGCAGCAAUACCUUUUUUAGACACAACUUAGACUCAACUCCAGAUGUGACCCUGUAGAUGACAAGAACAUGCCUUGAUCCUAUCGAGCAGUGGACGCAAACUGAAUAGUGUCAGUAAUGCAGCCAAUAUUUGGGACUAAUCACAAUAUUCAAUAGAAACACUUCUGCCAUCUUACGGCCUAAUAUUGAACUAUGAGUUGUGCUGGUAUUGACGCUGAAAAAAUGCGUAUUUUAACAUUUACACCUAUGUCUAGUCCAAAACAAGCAUUUUUGAGUUGUGCCGCUAUUGCAGCCCAUGAGCGAAAUAUUGCUCUGGUGCAUUGAAAUGAAAUUUGUAUUCUACUAUCAUAUUAUGGAACCAUUUCAGGGGCAAACUGUUUGAAAUACUUUGCAUCAUAUUUAAAUUUUGAUAAUAUUGAUAAUGCCGAAAUAAUACCUAAUAAUACAUAGUCAUCAUUUCUUGCUAAGUUUACUACAGUUCUUUAUAAUAUUUUUUCAAAAUAGCAGUAUUAAAUCUGUCCUAUUCUACUUGAUCCAAAUCAUUUCAAUUGCAUUGAAUUUGCAAAUAUCUUUUUUACUUCAACCCUUUUAUACAUUUCAUUACAUUUUGCGGUUGAAGUAAUAAUUCAAAAACGUAACAGGCUCCAAAUGGAGUUACUUAACCCUUAACUACUGGCGUGGAUGUUUCAAAACGUAGACACUGCAUGCGGUGUGUCAUACUGUUGUCUAUUCUCGUUUGUUUUCAAUAUGAAUUUGUCUUAUAUCACUGUAUUUGUUUUUUACAUCAACUACGGAAUGAUUAUUCACACUACUGUGGAAUAAAAUACUGCUCCAAAUAAAAAGGGUUAUAUCACAACAAAACGUUUUCGGAAUGAAUAUUCCAUCAUCAGUGUUAUCACAGGUUUACAUGCUUUGGGUCACCAAAAUAUACGUGUAAAUACCCUCGGGUUUUUUUAAAAAAGUUGAGGUUACAUUAUAUUGUCAGAUUUUUUUUAUUUUUAACAAUAGGUAUAAUGACAAUAUAAUGUAACCUCAACUUUUUAAAACAACUCGAGGGUAUUUACGCGUAUAUUUUGGUGGCUUAAAGCAUGUAAACCUGUGAUAACACUGAUGAUGGAAUAUUGAUUCCGAAAACGUUUUGUUGUGAAAUAACCCUUUUUAGGGAUUUUAAAUAUACCUUCUACAAGAUACGGUUUUUAUUUUUUGUGAAUUAUGGUAUACAGCCAGUUACAGGAAUUUUUCCUUGUGAUAACUUUAAUUUUGCGUGACAAAAGAGACAGUUAAUUCAAUUUUUUUAUUUAAUGUAUGUGUUAUUCUUCAAUCUUUGAAAUAAUUUAUCUUUUAUGCUAUAUCCCUACCUGCUGUAAGUAUUUUCGGUAAUAGUGGGUACAUACAUUUGUUUAUACUUACGGUGACGAAGCUAAAAAACUUAUUUAGGCAUUUAUCAUAAGCUACCUUAAUCGUGUAAUAUUUUAUUGAAUGCAUGCAAGAGUUUUGUUCCAAUGACCUAUCUUUUAAAUCGUUUCUUGCCUACUAUAUCACAUUAAGGUCUCUAUUUCCAUUGGAUAAGAAGUAAUAUAUGUUAUUUUCUUUACUUAACUAUCAAUAAGAACUGAUGACUAUGAACUAAAUGAUCUAAUGGAUUCUUUACCAUUAGAUAGCAAACAGUUUGCUUUGCACUUGCUCCAGUAAACUGUGUACUCUAAUUCCAUGUAUACUUCUUGAGUUAAGGAACAUUGUUUUGUCUUGUUUCAAUUGUUGAGUUAAUCCAUUAUUCCGACUGAUGACUUAAGUGUAUGGAUUAAUAAGCUUUAAUAUAAUGUUAUAAGUAGUAGGCUCUAAACAAUGCUCUAUAAUAUAGAGCAUUAUUUAUUUUGUAACAAUUACCAGAGGCAUGUUUGUUUUUUAUGUUAAAAAGUUCUUCCGUUUGAUAUAGUUUGUAAGAGUAGAAUGAACAAUUUUCCAUGUAUUAAUCUUUACGUCUUCCGUUGUAUUAAGGCUGAUUUGUGUUGGGACGGGACGUGUACGGCACUGGCCAUGUAACAACCGGGUUCUGCUCAGGGUUUUGAUUUAUGCUACGACAGGCCGCUUCCGGUUUCUGCACGGGUUUUUUUUUUAAAUUAGUUUUCAUUUGCGAGUGUCGAGUGGAUGUAAAGCAUGAAUUUUACAAACAUGAAAUUGCUAGCGAUAACUGUAGCUUUGGUUAACGAUGGAAGAAGGAAAAGGUGAAUGGGCAGUCCACCCAGCAUGGAAAUCAUAAAUAGCUGGGUACUUCCUCACACACUCAAUUAAAUGUUCGUCGUUCAUUGUAGAAUGUAAUUUCUUGUUUAGCAGCCUCUUUCGGUCCAGUCUUGGACAUAGGCCUCCCUUUGUGUUUCCCUAUUGGCCUGUCUCUGGAUAUCUGGUGCCACUCUCUUCCUGACUUUUUUUAAUGCCGUCAAUCAAUUUUUUUGCAGUCUUUCUAUGCCUCGUUUAUGUGCCCUUGGUCGCCAUUGUAUUAUUCUCUUUGCCCGCUUCUCUUCGCUUUCUCUUACCACUUAUCCUGUCUAUUUCCAUUUAGAUUUUGUGAUAGCUUCGAUAACAUCUUUUACUUUGGUUCUUCUUCUUAAAUCUUCGUUUCUCAUAUGAUCUUUUAAGCUUACAUUUCGCAUGAGUCUCUCAAAAGCUCUUUAAGGUACUAGUACACUUUAGAAGCCCAAAAAAAUUAUUUUUUUCUCAAAACCUUUAUUAAAAAUGAACAUAAAUUUUUUUACAUAUUAAUAUCUAACUCUUAAAGAGUACAAAAAAUAUAUCUUUUUUCAUUUAUCCACGUACACUAAUAUUGUAGAGGGUGCAAAAGUCGAGGCCUCGAAAAAUGAUAGGCGGACAGUUAAUCUCAGGAUUGGGAUAUCUGAAACAAAAAAACCGUACUGCAUUUGAAAAAGGAAGUUUUCUUACGUGACAGUUUACCACAAUUUGACCAAAAAAUAAAUAUUUUUUAACCAUGAAAGUCUGAAGAAAAACGCGGGAUUUUUUCACAAAAAUUUUUCAAAUUUCCGUAAAAUCUUUUUUUUGCUGAAUUUUUCACUAAUAGUGGUAAAUUGUCACGUAAGAAACCUUCCUUUUUCAAAUGCCGUACAAUUUUUUUUGUUUCAGAGGUCUUAAUCCUGAGAUUAACUGUCCGCCAUCGGAACUACUUUUUUUCGAGACCCCGACUUUUGCGCUCUCUACAAUAUUAGUGUACGUGCAUAAAUGAAAAAAGAUAUAUUUUUUGUAUUCUCUAAGAGUUAGAUAUUAAUAUGUAAAAAGUUUUAUCAUUUUUAAUAAAGGUUCUGAGAAAAAAAUCUUGAAAAAAUGCUUAUUUUUGGUCUUCUAAAGUGUACUAGUACCUUAAGUUGGUCUAGUCUAUUGAGAGAUUGGUUACAAUAGUAAGUGUCAUGGUCUCCAUUCCAUAAAUCAUGACUGGAAUGAAUGCUCUAUGUAGACACGUAUAUGCUUUACAAAGAUAGGUUUUGAAAUUCGAAGUAAUUUAUCCACCUGAUCAAACUCCUUUGGGCUAUGUACGAGGCUAAGCAGUAUAUUCAAGAAAUAGCGUAUUAUUUGCAAAUCUAUGGACAUGUGGCUGAAGGAUGCUAAAGUUGUAAAACCAGUUCAUACACUCCAUAACAGGCAAACAAAAAUUCCUCUUCUAGUGAAAGUAGUGUUGCCCAAAUGCAAGAACAAGACUAGACUUAGAUAGUCUUUCAUGGUCUAGCGCCAAUACACCUGGUCUUGGUCUUGCGCUCCCGGUCUUGGUCUUGGUCUUGCAGCAAGAGUCUUUCAAGUCUCGCAGUUAUGUAACAGCGUAGAUUAAUUUUAAACUUGAAUUAACAUAGCCAUAGUAAAGACCAACCAAAUUAAACAACUGACACCGGGUGGGGUUUGAACCUUUUGUACAAAGCAAUUUGGGAUGUAUGAAUUAUUUCGAAAAACUCAUCAAAUUUGCUUUUAGGUUUUUUUUAGAUCUCUAUGACUGCAAAUCAUAUUAGAUACUCUGACUAGAACUAUUUGAAUCUUUGUCACUCAUAUCAAGUUAUAAACUUAUUACUCCGAGAACAACAAGGAUUAGAUGAAAAACUAAUUAUUACAUUAGACUCGAAGGAAAGCUCAUUUGAGAAUGAAGUUUAGUGAUGUCGAAAAAGUAACUAAUGGUUACUUUAAACUCGUUACUAUCCAAUGCCCUAAGUACCGAUUACCAAACCGAGAAUCAUACAUAUCGUUUUUUUUUAAUAUUUAGCAUAAUGCCUCGACAAAUUAUGGCCAUUGGCAUGCUACAGUGGAUUUAUGCAAUCAGGUACCUAUUGUAAUGUGUAGUGUGUGUGUUGAGUAAAUGUCUUGUUACUUAGCAAAGUCGACGUCAUUGUCUUUGCAAAUUGAGACGCUAAUUGUAUCCGAACGUCUGCGGCCUCUCCGAGUUAUAUAUCGUUACUUCGUUACUUUAAAUAUUUUGUUAACACGGUAGCCGGUAUUAUUUGUUAAUAAUUUGUCUCGUUACUUUUGAAUAUUAGCCGCGCUCUUUCAGCAAAUUUUGUUUAACUGAAUGAUAUCUUCGCACACUCAGCAGAAACGAUGUUUAGUCUUAUGGCCGGUUUCACCAACGAAAAAUAGUUUAUUCUAUGAAUAUAGUUAUUCGACCAAUAAACUGACAUUUCUUCAUUUUACUAACGUCAAAUAAGACUUAUUUUAUUUAUUUAUCAAAUAAAUAUUUACUCUCAGCAUAAAUUGGCAAGUUAAUCUCGCUGUAAAUAUCUAUUAGAAAGUAAAUUCGUCAGUUAACUUUAAAUUAUCAAAAUUACAGUAAAACCUGCCAUAUCCGGAUCAAUGUGGCGACAGACCGAUCCGAAUAUGAAAAAAUCCGGAUAUCAAGACCACUACUUCUUUUAUAGUCUCUGAAACGUUUUUUCCUUCAUACAUUCCAGUAAUCAACGCCGUCAAUAACUUUCGUCGAUAAACACAUUUUAUAGAUUCUAUAAUACAUUAUUUCGCCAUCUUUUAGUUCUUUUGGGUCGGGAUGAGAGGGUGCGUUCUCCAACAGCAAGACUGCUUUUCUCGGAAGAUCCGGACGGCAGAAUCGUCCGGAUAUGGGGAGGUCCGGAUAUGACAGGUCCGGAUAUGGCAGGUUGUACUGUAUAUUGAAACAAAAUAAAAAUAUAAACGUCUAAUAAAUUUUAUUCGAGGAAUAACUAUUCAUUGAUUUAUUUGUUGUUGGUGAAACCGGACCUUAGGCCGAUAAGAUUUGUGGUAUAUAUGUUCCUACUAACUAAUAAGGAAAACAAUUUAAUUAUUGAGCGAGUGUCUUUAACACUAGGUAUGCUAACCUUAUUAUAUGUUUUAUCAGGUAAGGUGACAUAUUUUUAAAAAGUUUCGAUACGAUAUUACUGUCUGCGUCGCAACGCAACAAGAUUAUUUUAUGAUUAGAGGACGGCUAUUCUCAAAAUCUGGACAAUUAAUUCCAGAGCAAAGAAGUCAUCUGCUGGGAAAGCAUGUACAAAAUAUUUUAUUUUUACUUUCAAAUUAUGACCUCUGAGUACGUGUCAAAUGUGUCAAGCGUUCUUUUAAUGAAUAUUUUGAUUCGCUAUAAAUGGAAGCAUAUACCCGAAGUACUAUAUUCCCUAAAACGACACUCGGUCCUAACUGCAAGACGCAAGAGUCUGGCAGGCUUAGUCUUGUUCUUGCUCAAAUCUUGCUCGGUCAGUCUUGGUCUUGGUCACUUGGUCUUGCUAAAAUUAGGCGGUCUUGGUCUUGCGGAAAUGCAAGACCAAGACCGAUUUUGGGGAACACUACCUAAAAUGUCCGAAUGUAAAGGGUAAUACUGGAAAAAUUUUCAUUUUAUAUUGAUGUUCUUAGUUUAGUUUCAAGAAAAAAACAAUUUAUUUUUGUUAUAUUUAUUAAUCAUGUGUUUCGUUAUUCUAUAUAAUAUAGUGUAUAAAUAUUAUAAGAAUGUUUAAGAACAAAAUCAGCUAAAACAGAUUUUCAUUGAGUUGAGACGACGUUUUCAAUAUUUUUAAUGUGAUGUUAAGUUUUGUAGUUCCUUUUUGAUACGAGUAAACUUUAAGAAAUAAAAACAAUUUGGUUUAUUUAAA